UGAAGAUUUAUUGCAAUUUAUCACGCGAUAUCACGAUUCUUUGUCAUCUAACUUACUAUUUAGUUGUAAAAAAUAACAUCGUUUUAAAAAAGCUUUCUCAUAAAUAAGCAAGUGCAAAACAUCUUUAUCGAGAUUUGAAAAAAAAACUGUACCGUACCGAUAGGCGAGUGGAAGUUGUACGAAAGGAUGAGAGGGUUACUUGCGAGAGGACGUAGAGGCGCGAAUGACGGUGCGAGGUGAAGCAUGGCGGCGGCGCUGGCGCUGGUGAUGGUGUUGGCGGCGGCAACGGCGGCUUGCCCAGUUACGGUGCCGCCCGCCUGCGCCUGCGCCGAGGGCGGCGCACGGCUCUCGUGCCGGGCCGCCGGCCUACACGCGCUACCGCCGCUGUACGAACGGCUCCUUGUCCUGGACGUGUCUAACAACAACAUAAGUGCACUGCCGCCAGACGCGCUGCAGCCCGCCACCGGCCUGCGCGAUCUAAAUUUAUCAGCGAAUCGGUUGGAAGUGGUGUCAUCUGGCGCUUUGAGCGGCGCACCGCUCGCGCGGUUAUGGCUGGACCGGUGCGCGCUCGCGCGAUUGCCUCCGAUGAAACUCCCGCGAUUGCAUUACUUAUCAGUGGAGGAUAACGAAAUAUCAGAGUUGGAUGCGUCGGCGCUGGAGGAGGAGCGCGCCCUGCGCGUGCUGCGGCUCGCGCGCAACCGCCUAGGCGCCGUGCCCAGCGCGGCGCUCGCACGCGCCACCCGCCUGCAAGCACUCAACCUGGCCGGCAACCAGAUCAGGGAGUUGACAUCCACUUCGCUGCCCGCGCUGCCGGCGCUACACACCUUGAUAUUAAAGCGAAACCGCAUCACCCACAUCGACGAGCGCGCCUUUGCGAGCACCCCGGCGCUGCGCGUGCUGCGACUUGAGGAUAAUCUACUAAGUGAGCUGCCACCCGCUGUCCAUCUGCUACCGAUGCUUGAAGACUUGUCCUUGGCGAACAACCGCAUAGAGCGCGUGUCAGCAGGCUUGCAAGCCUGUUCGCGACUCGCGCGCCUGGAGCUGCGCGCGAACCCACUCUCGCAACUGCACCAGCAUGCUCUCGCACACCUACCUCGUCUUACCACACUCAUACUGUCGGAAGCCCGGGGUCUAGAUCGUCUGCCCGUACUGAACGGCACGGCGCGCCUGCGGACCCUGCGCGUGGACCGCGCGCGCCUGGCGCACGUGCCUCACGACCUGUGCGAGUACGCACCGCAGCUCAGGGCCUUGGACCUGCGCUCGAACCAGCUACAGCGCGUCCCUCGACUGCACGAGUGUGCGGAGCUUCGAGUUCUAGACUUGUCGGACAAUCUUAUCGAGUCGAUCAGCGAGGAGGCUCUGCGCGGGCUGCGGCGCCUGCACGACCUGCUGGCGGCGCGCAACCGCCUGCGCCGCGUGACCGCUGACACCUUCCUGCACACGCCGCGCCUGCAGCUGCUGGAUCUCGAGGACAACCAAAUAGAGCACAUCGACAUGGAAGCAUUCGUCCCCAUUUCUAAAUUAGAAGACUUGAAUGUUGGCAACAACGUGUUCCCUGUACUACCGGCUAGCGGACUUCAGCGGUUGCUGCAUCUCAAGGCGCACAACAACCCCGCGCUGCGCCGCUUUCAUCCACCUGAACUCUUCCCCAGAAUACAGACGCUGGUGCUGUCGUACGCGUACCACUGCUGCGAGUUCAUGCCGCUGCUGGAGGGCGGCGCGGGCGCGGGCGGCGCGGCCGACGCGGAGCGCGAGCAGUUCAGCGACCUCGUGCUGCUGCCGCCCGCGCACGUCGACCUGGCCGCCUGGGCCAACGCCACCGACAUCUGGCCGCACUACCUGAACGCAACCGGGGAAAGCGGGUCUCGACUGGCCGCGGUGGGGUGGGGUGACGUGGGUGCGGCCGAACUGAGGCUCUCGGGGACUCGUCGAGUUCGUUGCUUGCCGCUGCCGGGUCCAUUUCUACCAUGCGUAGAUUUAUUCGAUUGGUGGACGCUACGAUGUGGAGUGUGGGCCGUAUUCCUGUUGGCGCUGCUGGGCAACGGUACAGUUGUGUUCGUGCUCGUAUUCAGCCGAAGCCGUAUAGAUGUGCCCCGUUUUCUCGUCACAAAUUUGGCGGCUGCAGAUUUUUUCAUGGGCAUUUAUUUAGGUUUUUUAGCCGUAGUGGACGCUGGAACACUGGGCGAGUUUCGCGCGCAUGCUAUUGCAUGGCAGAUGUCGGGCGGCUGCAGGCUGGCGGGUUUUCUCGGCGUGUUGUCGUCCGAGCUGUCGGUGUACACGUUGGCCGUCAUCACUUUGGAGCGUAACUACGCCAUCACUCACGCCAUGCACCUCAACAAGCGGCUGUCCCUGCGCCACGCAGCGGUGGUGAUGGCAGCCGGCUGGGCCUUUUCUCUCGCCGCAGCCGCACUUCCACUUCUCGGCAUUUCUGACUAUCGUAAAUUUGCCGUGUGCCUUCCCUUUGAGACCAGCACACCCGCUGCACUCAGCUAUGUUGUCACCUUGCUUAUCAUAAAUGGAUUGGCCUUUUUGGUUUUGCUCGGAUGCUACCUCAAAAUGUACUGUGCGAUCCGUGGCUCACAAGCUUGGAACUCUAAUGACUCUCGCAUAGCAAAACGAAUGGCACUUCUCGUCUUCACGGACUUUCUGUGCUGGUCACCUAUAGCUUUCUUCGCACUUACCGCCGCCUUCGGUGCCCAGCUUGUCUCCCUGGAGGAGGCAAAAGUAUUCACGGUUUUCGUACUCCCUCUGAACUCUUGCUGCAAUCCAUUUCUGUAUGCUAUCCUAACAAAACAAUUCAAAAAAGAUUGUGCAUUGGUAUGCAAAGCGAUCGAGGAAUCUCGCGUUACGAGAGGAAUUGGGCGAUGUCGACACUCAUCGAACUUUAGCAACCGGCAAACGCCAGCAAACACUAACAGCCUUGCGGAGCGGUCCUCUCGCGGUCAGCACGGGACCACUUGCGCCUGUCGGCGACUCCUCCCAGCCGGCGGUGCGGCCGCCGGAGUCGGCGUCACCACCGUCAGCGAGGCGGGUAGCGAGCGGCUGCUGCGUUGGCUGCGUGCGUGCGGGCGACGGUCUGCCGCGCCCGCACCCCCCGCGCCUCGCCAGGCACCGGCGCCGCCCGCCCGAGCCGGUUCCGUAUCGUCCUCCGUAGAAUUCUCGUCCUCACGAUCCGACUCGUGGCGAACGUAUGGCCGACCGCCACCCCCUCCGAGACGCGCCGCAUCCUGGCUGGUGGCGCGCAAGACCUCGCAGGAUUCUAAUCUAUCUUCUUCGCGCAACGACUCCUCCGGGUCCAACGCGACGGCAUCGACGGGCACGUGGCGCACGUCGCGCUCCGGCGGGAGCGCCGCGGUGGGCGCCGGCGGGGCGGGCGCGGGGGGCGCGGCGGGCGCCCCGGCGGCGCCGGCGGGCGCGCGGCCGCGGCUCACUCGCCAGCCGGCCGUGGUGGCGGACGAGCCGCCCGCGUCGCCCGGCGCGCUGCCGCCGCCGCGCCUGCUGCACACGAUCCCGUCUGCGGCGGAGACGGACGCGCAGGCCGAGGAGCCGGACGCGCGCUAGUGGCCGCUCCGUCCUGCGUCUCGAAGCCGUCGGCGAGACCGGUAUCAGUGUCUUAUCAUACCGUCCAUUAGCACCGCUCGCCUCGUUCGGCCAUUGAACUGUUGACGUUAGUCCUCCGUCAGAUCGAUACCAUUCCUAUAAAAGUAACGGUUGAAAUGGACGCUAGACAUUAUUACUACGACAAAUAAGUAGUUAAGUUUUGUACAGUAUUACACGACAUGACAAUUUUAGACGUAGGUAAGGUAGUGAAUAAAUAAAAAAUAAUAUUUAUUUAGUUAGAUUUAAUUUUAUAAUACAAUUCUUAUUUAAUAAAUAAAUAAGCGAUUAUUAAUAUAAAUGUAUUUACAAAGGUGUUAACAAUAACUGAGUUGGUACAAUGAGUAUAUUCAUAAUUUUAAAAGCCAUUGUUGUAUAUGUUAGACUACAAUUAGCCUUAACUCGAGUUGGACUGAAGCAGUAUUCGAUUACAAUAUGUACUCGUCAAACAAAUUAUAUAAAAUAUAUUAAAUGUAAGAUAGAUUUUAUAUGAGUAUCUAUAUACUAGAGUUUGUAACCGCUAGACGUAAAGACUACCCAAUGAUUAUUUUUUUUACUGACGAUAAAAGAUAUUUCAUAUUACACGUUUGCCACAUUACGUCGCCACAGUGAUCGAAGAUUAGUCUUGUCAGAGACAAUAAAACUGCCGAGUGGCUACUAAUGAAUGUAGCCAAAAUAUUGUUUUAAUUUUAGGACAUCUUAUUUUAAUGUAAACUGUUAAAAAUUAAAAUUUAAACAUUUUGUUACUAAAAAUAUUAAUAAGAUCCCAAAGUUAUAAGUGAUAAUUUUAAUAUGAGUAAAUAAAUUUACAAUAAUCCGUCUAAAAAUAUAAUACGUACCUACCUAUGAUAAACCUCAUUUUCUUAAAUAAUUUACAAUUGUUAGGUUUAAUAAGUCCAGAGUGUAUUGUUUUAUUUAAAUAAACGUGAAUCUUUAAUAAUAACAAUGUAUAUGUAUAUAAGACAUUUAGAAAUUACAAAAAGCCAAUAUUCUGCUCAAGUUUACGGAAAAGAAAAAAAGAACAUUUAUUUUCUGUAGAAAAACGACAUUAACAAAUUUCUAAGUAUAGCUUACAUUGCCCAGGUCAGCCAUAUAUUUUUUUUAAUUCAAAGUAACAAAGUUUACCAUUCUAUUCGGGGGAAUGUUAAAGGAGUUGGUGAAAUUAUGAGAUCAAAAUUGUAAUACAAAUGUAUAUGUAUGUUAUAUUAUAAUUGAUUACCUUUGUUUACCUACUUAUGAUCAAAAGAACUUCUCAAUGCUGAAAAUUUUUAACAUUCUUAUCUUAUGAAAAUGUAAUUUAAAUACCAACUCGAAGUUCAAAAACGAAUGUUUGAUUAAUUUGAGAAGAAGAUUAUAAGUUAAGUAAAACUAACCGUUAAGUAAAACUAGUAUAACUUAAUUGUUAAGUAUAUACGACUACGUUCAUACAAAGAUAACACCGAUUUACAAUACAUUAUGUUGUGCGAACAUCGCAAGCAGCUUAUGAUAGACGUGUUAAUAACAUUUCUUCUAAUGUACAUAAAUACCAAAAAAUUGCAUGAGAAUUAAGUUCGAAUGUGUCUUUUUGCAUAUUGUUAUUCAUCACGAAAAUAGAAGUACAUAAAUGUAAAAUUUAACUAUUUUAAUUAAGUUUUUGAAUACAUGUUGUCAUAAAUAAGUGAUUAUAUAAAAAAUAUCGCUGUUCAAAGUUAUACUAUACGUUAUCUGUUCUCUUUAACAAUGAUGAUGUUUGUGAGUCUGAACAUUGUGUACAGAGACUUGCCUAUUUAUUGAAGAUGUUUGUGGUGCAUGCUUGAGAGUGCUAUUUAUUUAUUUAUUAUUAUUAAAAUAAACGAAACCAUUUAAA